AUGGCAUGCUUACGGUGUAUAGACGGGGAUGGAAGCAUCACAACGAAAGAACUAGGCACUGUGAUGCGUUCACUGGGUCAAAACCCAACUGAGGCAGAAUUGCAAGACAUGGUGAAUGAAAUUGAUGCUGAUGGCGACGGCACCAUUGACUUUCCUGAGUUUCUCACGAUGAUGGCUCGCAAGAUGAAGGACACAGAUAGUGAAGAGGAAAUCAAGGAGGCUUUUCGCGUAUUUGACAAGGAUGGUAAUGGCUUCAUCAGUGCAGCAGAGCUGCGUCAUGUGUACGUAUGGGGACACAGCAAUGUGAUCGAUUUCAAGGUUCACUGUGUGCAAGACUAA